AUGGCUUCCCAGAGCCUACACCGGCGGAUGGGCGCUUCUCAGACCCCGCGCUGGCGGAUUCUUUCCGCCUCGGCGCUUCUCGCGCUGCUCCUUUUCUCUCCGCCCGUUUCCGCGCGCGCCAUGGACGCCGCCGAUCACGGCGGGCACGACGGCGGGUAUAAUCAAGGAAUGGAUUCGCACGGCACAUUAGCGUCGCGGGACGUGUCGAUUAGCAAAAAGCGCGUGUUGCGGAAGAAGCUUCGAAAGUUAGUGGAUCCGCUGCCCGUUCCGCCGGUCGUCAAUGCGGACCGGCUUCCAAAAGACUUCAGCCGAGCCGCUGCUCUCACCAUCACUGCGUUUAGCGUGAAACGGAAAUUCCACCGCGAUCUGCCCCCUACCCGCGUGUACGCGUUCGGGCUCACGCGCAAGAGCGCCAGCGUGCCGGGGCCGACGAUCGUGGCGCGCGUCGGAGCGCCGCUGCACGUGACGUGGCAAAACAACAUCACGGACGAGCAACAUAUCAUGCCCGUCGAUUACACGCUUAUGGCUCCCAAGCUCAGGAAGGGGGGCGUUCCAAUCACUGUCCAUCUGCAUGGUGCGCAGGUCUCGAGCUCCUACGACGGCCACCCUGAGGCUUGGUUCACGCGCGAGGAAGAGGAAGGUCCCGAGUUCGAAUCCAACCAUUACCAUUAUCCCAACGUGCAGCCGCCCAGCACCAUGUGGUACCACGACCACACCUUGGGAAUGACGCGGCUCAACAUUGCUGCAGGGCUUUUCGGCGCGUACAUUCUGUCCAAUCCACAGGCAGAGAAAAGGUUUAACCUGCCCAUGGGCAGGUUCGACGUGCCGCUGCUGAUCCAGGAUAAAUCUUUUCUGUGGAACGGGCACACGUUCAUGGAGGGGAAGGGUGUGACGAAAUCGCAUCCUGAGUGGGUACCCGAGUACUUCGGGAAUUUCAUGACCGUUAAUGGAAAGGUGACUCCCUACAUGGCAGUGCAGCGUCGCAAGUACCGUUUUCGCCUCAUCAACGGCUGCAAUGCGCGUUUCCUAGAACUCGCCCUCCGGGCCUCCCCCCCUGGGGUGACAAUUCGGCUGAAAAACCGUGCUCCUGCGCCUUAUCCCGGGGGUGAUUUACCCAUGGGGGAUCUACAGUACGUCAUGCAGUUCAACGUGGAGGGCGACCCGGUUGCAGACCCCUCUACAGUGCCGGGAAUGCUUAACUCUAUCCCGCCUCUCAACCUCGGAAACAUCGCCGCGACAAGGGAAAUCACGCUUUCAGAAAUGGAAGACAAGGAGAGCGGCAAUCCUUUAAUGGGAAUGAUCGACAGGAAGCACUUCAACGAGAAAAUCGAUAUAACGCCGAGAUACGGCACCCGGGAACUAUGGUACCUCAUCAACCUCACAGAAGACUCUCACCCCAUCCAUAUCCACUUCUCCCCACACCGAAUCCUCUUCCGCCGCCCGUUUAACAAAGAGCACUACAGGGAGAAGAAAUGCAGGAUUCAUGAUGGGAGCUGUUACACUGGCCCAGCUGUUUCACCCAGGAAGAACGAGAGGGGAUUGAAGGACACUACAAGGGCUCCUCCGGGGUAUGUGACUGCGCUGGUGGUGGAUUUUUCCCCGUGGAUGGGGAAGGAGCUAAGCUUUGAUCCCUCUGAGGGGCCGGGGUACAUGAUUCACUGCCACAUCUUGGAUCACGAGGACAAUGACAUGAUGCGGCCUUUCACUAUUUUGACAGCCAAGUAA